GAGACGGUGAGCUCGGCUGCAGGGAGACAGGACUACGAAUCCAACUCGGAAGGAUUUUCUCAAAAGAAGAAGAAGAAGAAGAAAAACCGAUCCCCGCAGCUUGUUGUGAUCGCUGAUUUGGGAAUUUCAAUUUUGGGAAAAUCUGCCUGCAAAUUCCAAACUUCGGACUGCUGACUUCCAGGGUUUGGGAAUACAUUUGCAGAGGCAAAAAAGGACAAGGGCAUAGUGUUGCAACAGCAUACAGAGACCCUGGCUCCUGUAAAGAUGGCUGACGUGGUGCAGCCAGACCCAAACAGCCUGCAGAUACCGGGUGAUAAUUUAUCAGCCCCUUCGUCGCCUGCCACGGCGAGAAAUGACUGCAGCAUCACACCCCUCACACCCUCGCCCUCGCCAAGGGUGGAGGUCAGACCCAGGAUGGCCUGUCCGUUCUCUGUUGUCGUGGCGAUAGAUUUUGGGACAACGUCCAGCGGCUACGCGUUCAGCUUCACACAGGACUCAGAGGCCAUACACAUGAUGAAGCGCUGGGAAGGCGGCGACCCAGGAGUGGCCAAUCAGAAGAGCCCCACGUGUCUGCUGCUGACUCCCGAUUUGCGGUUCCACAGCUUUGGUUUCGCGGCACGGGACUUCUACCACGACCUGGACCCGGAGGAGGCCCGGCACUGGCUCUACUUCGAUAAAUUCAAAAUGAAAAUCCACAGCACAAGUGACCUCACCAUGGAGACAGAGCUGGAGGCGGUCAACGGACGGAGGGUCAGGGCCAUCGAGGUGUUCGCUCACGCCCUGCACUUCUUCAGGGAACAUGCUCUAAAGGAAGUGAAGGACCAGUCCUCAUCAGUGCUGGAAGGAGAGGAGAUCAGAUGGGUGAUCACUGUUCCCGCUGUGUGGAGGCAACCUGCCAAACAGUUCAUGAGAGAGGCCGCAUACCUGGCUGGUCUGGUGUCUCCUGACUGUCCCGAGCAGCUCCUCAUCGCUCUAGAACCAGAGGCUGCGUCCAUUUACUGCCGCAAGCUCCGCCUCCACCAGGUGAUUGACCUCAGCAUGCAGCCAAUCACAAACGGCCUCGAUCUGGACGGGUCCCGGCCCUUCGACUCCAGCUUCAGACAAGCGAGGGAGCAGUUGAGGCGAUCCAGACACAGCAGGACCUUCCUGGUGGAGAGUGGAACUGGAGAGCUGUGGUCAGAGCUGCAGACUGGGGACAGGUAUAUUGUUGCAGACUGCGGAGGAGGGACUGUUGACCUGACUGUCCAUCAGAUCGAGCAGCCACAGGGAACACUGAAGGAGCUCUACAAGGCUUCAGGCGGCCCGUACGGGGCUGUCGGUGUAGACCUGGCCUUCGAAGCCAUGCUGUGCCAGAUCUUCGGCGAGGACUUCAUCCAGAGCUUCAAAGCCAAACGUCCGGCGGCCUGGGUGGACCUCACCAUUGCAUUCGAGGCAAGGAAGCGGACGGCGGCGCCGGGCAGGGCCAACGCCCUCAAUAUCUCCCUGCCCUUCUCUUUCAUUGAUUACUACAAGAGACACAGAGGGCAGAGUGUGGAGGCCGCCCUGAGGAGGAGCAACAUGAACAUAGUGAAGUGGUCGUCCCAGGGGAUGCUGCGACUGACACAGGAAGCCAUGACCGAGCUCUUCCAGCCCACCAUUGUCAACAUUGUCAAACACAUUGAGGAGCUGAUGGUGAAGCCAGAGGUGUGCGGUGUGCGCUUCCUCUUCCUGGUUGGAGGCUUUGCAGAGUCGCCCAUGCUGCAGAAAGCAGUCCAGAAGGCCCUGGGGCGGACGUGCCGCAUUAUCAUCCCCCAUGAUGUUGGCCUGACCAUACUGAAGGGUGCCGUGCUCUUCGGGCUGGAUCCCACCGUGGUCCGAGUGCGCCGAUGCCCCUUGACCUACGGUGUUGGCGUGUUAAACCGGUUUGUGGAGGGGCGCCACCCUCGAGAUAAACUCCUUAUCAAAGAUGGCCGCGAGUGGUGCACCGACAUCCUCGACCGCUUUGUCUCUGUCGACCAGUCGGUGGCUCUGGGCGAGGUCGUAAGGCGCAGCUACACCCCUGCUCGUCUGGGCCAACGGAAAAUCAUCAUCAACAUCUACUGCAGCAUCACAGACGAUGUUACAUACAUCUCUGACCCCGGUGUCAGGAAAUGUGGGACGAUAACGUUAGACCUACCAGAACCUUUACCACUACCGGGAGCAGUGGGAGGAGCAGGAGGAGGAGGAGGAGGAGGAGGCCCAGAGAGGAGGGAGAUCAGAGCGACCAUGCAGUUUGGAGACACAGAGAUCAAAGUCACGGCUGUUGACGUCAUGUCUAACCGCUGCGUCCGGGCUUCCAUAGACUUCCUGUCUAAUUGAGGAGGAGCAGGAAGUGGAGACGAGGAUCUGAAAACAGAAAUAACUGAUUCCAAGAAUGAUAAUCUUAGAAAAAGCGGUACUUUGGGAGUGGGGCUCAAAUAUUUUUGGAAGGACGGGGGCGUUGCAUUAAUAGAAGAAACUCACACCUCAUAAUUCAGACAUUUAGGAUUUACAUUUAAUCAUUAGAGCAUAAAAAAAAUCAUGAAAGUCCUAAAAAGAAUUUAUAUUCGAUUGAACUGUAGGGUGCCCUCUCUGCAUGGGAAAGAAGAAAUGAAUUUGUCUGGCUUCAGUGGCGAGUUUGUCAUGUCACGCCAUAUAAAUGCUGUCACAGGCAUUUCCUGCCCAGAAAAUAUUCUGAGUACCACAUGUGUGAAACCAAAUGCAAGCAGAGGGCUGAAUACAAAUCUGUAGUGCAGUGAGACAAACAGGUACCAUCAAAUGAUUCAACCUGUCUGAGGAGUAUUUCAAUAACACUUACCUGGAGAGACUCUACCUGAAGCAGCAAACUACCUAGAGUGAGACUCACUCGUGUAUGUUCAGUGCUAAAUAUUAGGAAUGUUGCCUUUUCCCUCACAUAAUUAAUGAUACCUCAUUUAAAUCCUAUUUCAACCUUCAUAUAUGAUGUAUAUGAUGUUCAUAUAUUGAUGCUACGACCUGGACUGCAGCUUUGUUUCUCCUAUGUCGAUGAUUGUGCACCGCCUAGUGGUGAAAAGACUGAACUACUAGCUGAGAAAGCACCUUGGAAUAUAAACACUCCAGGGAUAAAAAUCAAAACACAUUAAAGAGGCAUAUAUUGGGAAGGACCGUGGCAUUAUUACAUACUUUGAACUUACGAAGUUUUAGAAAGUCAUGUUUCACCCACAUCCACGUCUAAAAGAAGUUUCAGCAUUUGUGUUACCCUACACGGGAACAUGUUUGGGAUUAUCUGAUUUCUUUUGUCCAUAUCAGGAUGAGACUGUACAACAGUUGUUUUAUUUCAAAUGUUUCAAAAUCUACUGCAACAUUAAAGCUGUAUUAUUAGAUUUUUUUUUGGCCACAUAGGGGCAAUGGAUCAAGCUGUAAAUGCAACAUUGAUAUACCCUUAUCAAGUUGUUGGCAUUCCUGGGGAACUAUAGAGUUGGUUGAGCAGUGAGUGACAUCUUUGUCAUUACAAUUAGUGACUUGAUCCAUAAUAUAAAAUAUUGAUUAGUGCAGCUUUAAAGUGAGUUUCUGUAGGAAGAAAGGUGGAUGGGUGAAAGUGUUGGUUAUCAAUUGUACCACCUAGUCAUCACCCUGUCAUGUUUAAGUCAGGAAAUGAUGUUUUUAUGUGUAUACUGUAUUAAACU